AAGGCUGAACGCUUCGCUUUUGGCGCUGCAGGUUUGAGUACGUCAACUUAUAGAAGCGGAAUUAUUAAAAAUGGCAAGGUAUUUGCGUCCCCCAAAUACUUCACUGUUCAUCAGAAAUAUUUCUGAUGAGUCAAGAAUAUAUAAAGUCCUUGGCUGUGGAGGCCUCACAGUCAGACCUGAGUAGAGUAGAGUCCAGGAAUUAAACCAAGCUGCACAGACCAUAAGGAUAUCAGAGGGUGAGAUAGUGUUCAGCUUGAAGAGUCCAAACUGAAAAGGGGACCAAGUUGGGCGUCAAAGCAUCAAUAUAUCUGCAAAAGAGGGAUUAUGGGAAAGAACAAGCAGAGAAUCCAAGUUCUUCUGGAAUGCAGUUAAAGAUCUUAAAGGUCAAGAUGAAGGUCAGUCAAGCAUGUUUAAGGUAACAAACCUGGUUUUUGUAUCCUGCCAAAAGCUUAAGCACCAUUCAUUGCAGACUAAACUUGAACAAUAUGCUAAAGUUUUAGUUUCUCUGCUUGUAUUCAAGUGGAAGCAGUGAUUUAUUUGUCAAACAUGGUGGCUACAGCUGUCUGAUGACACAUCAGUGGAUCUUUAAUCUCCAGAAGAACUCCUUUUUGCCUCUUGUCACAUUAGUGGGAGGAGGAUUUAGCGUAGUAAAGAGACCAGAAUUAUGAUUCGAAGGUUGCUGGUUGAGUCCCAUGAGGGCUUUAGUUCUGCUUAAAGUAAGCAAGCGUUCAAUGAAUGAAUGAAUGUGAGCCCAAUUACCUGAUAUGAUGAACCCAAAAGUACCGCCCCUUCGAUACGAUUCGCCGGAUCUGCUGGAGGAGUAUGCGGCGGGGGGUCCUGGCCGUGUUUGUGUGCAUGUAGAGCCCUGAGCCACAUGGCUAGUUUAAAACCCUUAACAGGCAGCAUGUUUGAAGAUGUGCGAGACGCUGAAGAUGCCCUUCACAACCUGGACAGAAAGUGGGUGUGCGGGCGGCAGAUCGAGAUCCAGUUCGCCCAAGGAGACCGAAAGACACCCAGUCAGAUGAAGGUGAAGGAGAGACGGUCGCCCCGCAGCUUCUCCCGCUAUGAUGACUACGACCGGGACGGGCGGCGGAGACGCUCGCGCAGUCGCAGUUACGACAGACGCAGGUCCCGCAGCCCCUCGUAUGAGCGGAGGCCGCGCCGGUCCGAGAGCCCUCGGGAGUCCCGUGGUCGUCCGUAUGGCAGGCCUCGACGGAGCAGGAGUCGCGACAAUGACAGACACAAGGGUCAGCGUCGGGACUCCAGGCCCCAACCUGACAUGCCUUCACACUCCAGGUCACAGUCACCCCCCCGGCCCAAGCGGGAAUCCAGGGCCCAGUCUCACUCUGCAUCCAAAUCUCCGAGCCCCUCCCUCGGCGAGUUUCCUCCACGCGCCCCCUCUCAGGAGCCCCAGAAAGACGAGCAGCUGCAUUCCCCGUCCCGUUCUCUGUCCCGCUCUGCGUCUCGGUCCCGCUCUCGAUCGCGAUCUCGCUCCUGGGCUGGACGCAAGUCUGGAGGGCACUAGGCCCCCCCAUCACCCCAGUGCUUCUCUGCAUUCUUUGCUGCAGUACUGGAUUCUGUCUCAGAGCUGGGACUGGUUUGGACUGCGUUGUUGGUUUUUUUUUUUUUUUUUUUUAUUAUUAUUAUUAAUGAAAGCCCCCUGUCCACAGAUCUGGCGCCUCUCAUGUAUGCACAAAACAGUGGAAGUUCCUGGUUUAGGUUUUUAGGAAAGUUCUUUUGUUAUAGUUUGGACUUGGUAUUUUACUUCAGUGUUGUAAAGGUGACUGAUAGGCUGCCCUGUGUAAGCUGGCAUAUCACAUCCUCUGAAGCUAAUUUGAUCGGUUGUUUCCUCUUCCUGCAAGAUUUUUGUACCCGAAAGGCUAAAUUGUACCGCAGUGCAUCGUAAUUUUGAAUCGAAUUUUUCUAGGUAAUGGUCUUCCACUGUGUAACUGACUGCAGAUGUUCCCUCCACUUCCCACAAGUCGCUCAAUAAAAACCCAGUUUGCUGCACCAGUGAACUGGCUCGGAGUGAUGGAAGACACAGUUGACUUGUGGACGGUUUUGAUGGAGUAACUUUUAAACUUGUUUUAUGAUGUUGUCCCCUCCCUUUGUGUACUGUGCGAUAGCUAAUCCACAUAGUUGGAAAUGAAUUUUCAUUGAAGAGAUGGUCUCUUUCUGAAGCUGUAAUCCUGGCUUGCUGUAAAUGCCCAAAAAUUUCAUAAAUUUGAAACUUUGCAUUUAAAUACCCAUGUACAUAGCCUUUGUUACAUUCACUGUUAUGUUGUUUUUUUCCAAUUAAAGUUUGACUGUGUGUAAA